CUACAAACAUGUUCGCGUUGAACUGGUUGAAUGAAUCAAAGGUCUCGGUGGAAUGAAUAAAAUCGGCCGACUGCUAGAUUUGCCGUUCAGAUCAGAUGCUGGCCAGCUGUUAGGACGACGGACCUGAGACUACGCCGUUCAUUCUCCCAAGUAGAAUCUCGAAUUACAACUCUUUUAGUGCUUUUUAUUCUUGAUAAACUCAAACACAUCCAGUCAUCAUGUCAGUCGAGGAAUUUGCUCCUGGAAAAUGGGAUUUAGACACCACCGACAAGUUCGAUGAUUACAUGAAAGCUUUGGGGGUUGGCAUGGCCACGCGGAUGAUUGCAAAUAAACUGAAGCCAAGGCAAGAAAUUUCUGUCACUGAUGGCGAGUGGAACAUCAAAACAUCCUCUACUUUCAAGACCUCAGAAGUCAAAUUUCGCAUCGGAGAAGAAUUUCAAGAAACAACAGCUGAUGGAAGAACCGUAAAG